UUGUAUUCUUGCAUUCGACUCCCGUUCAACUCUGGCAGCGGUCUCCGGAUGAAAUAAGCGCUCGAUCGAAAAAGGCUCAUUUACAGCCGCCAUGGGCAAUGGUCGUCUUCCAUGCGCUCCUUUAUAACGGAUCGCAACUGCGCCGAGGCCGCGGAACCGUGGACCCGUCGUAUUGAGGAGAACGGGAGCUAACUAGAGAGAGAAAAAAGAGAUGAAGAAGGAGGAGACGGUGAAGCUCAUCAGCGCCGAGGGCUUCGAGUUUGUUGUCGACAAGAAAGCUGCCAUGGUCUCCCACACGAUCCGCAAUAUGCUCACUUCUCCAGGUAGUUUCGCGGAGACGCAGCACGGCGAGGUUACUUUCCCAGAGAUUAGUACUCCAAUUCUGGAGAAGAUCUGCCAAUAUUUCUAUUGGUCGCUUCAAUUUGCCAGGUACCUGUUCAUCAUCUUCUUAUUUUUCAUAAUUUUCUUUCUGAACUGCAAUUUCAUAUACCUUAAAAUUAACUAGACCUGGA